AGUUCGAUCCCAGUCAAGUCGAACCAUUCAGUCAGUCAGCCAUGGCGUCUGGAAGCACGUCGACCCGGGUGUCCUGCGGGAGAGACUUGAACUGUGUCCCGGAGGUGACUGACACUUUAGCAGCGGUCGCCAAACGUGGGUUCGACUUCCUGUGCAUGCCCCUUUUCCACCCGAGGUUCAGGAGGGAGUUUGAGUUGGAGCCCGCUAAGUCCAGACCUGGAGCCCAGACCAGAUCCGACCUGCUGCUGUGCGGAAGAGACUGGAACACUCUAAUUGUUGGCAAGCUCUCCACCUGGAUUAAUGCCGACUCUGAGAUCGAGACAGAUCGCAGGAAUUCUGAGGCCGCUCUGGCACAGGAACUUCACUUCUCAGCCUAUUUGGGAGUGCCUGUGCUCAUGAUUCCGCUGAAGGGUCCUCACAAUGCAAAUCUGGCCCGCUUGCUGCUAAACCACAUCCAGUCUGGACACCACACUUCCAACUUUUGGAUCCACAUCCCUCUCUUGGCUGCUGAGGACCUGCGUGAGGAUCUGAUCGAGAAUGAACCCACCAAUUACCCUGAUGACAUGAACGUGGACGAGAAAACCUGGAGCUGGUGGCACUCGUUCCGAACUCUGUGUGAUUACAACAAGAGGAUCUGCCUCGCUAUUGAAGUGGGAGCAGACCUGCCCUCCGAUAGCGUGAUUGACAAGUGGCUCGGGGAGCCCAUUAAAGCAGCCAUACUUCCCACCAGCAUCUUCCUGACCAAUAAGAAGGGCUUCCCUGUCUUGUCAAAAGCCCAUCAGAGAAUAAUCUUCCGUCUUUUCAAGCUGGAGGCUCAGUUCAUUUUUACAGGCACUAGUCGUCACACUGAGAAGGACUUCCAGACAUACCUGCAGUACCUCGAAUACCUCAACCAGAACCGACCAGCACCCAACGCCUACGAGCUCUUCGCCAAAGGCUACGAAGAUUAUCUUCAAUCACCACUCCAGCCACUCAUGGAUAACCUGGAGUCUCAGACGUAUGAAGUAUUUGAGAAGGAUCCUAUUAAAUAUGCACAGUAUCAACAGGCUGUUUAUAAAUGUCUCCUGGACAGAGUGCCGGAAGAUCAGAAGGACACCAACACUCAGGUGCUGAUGGUUUUGGGGGCCGGCAGGGGUCCGCUGGUCAAUGCAUCUCUACGUGCUGCCAAACAAGCAGACCGGAAGUUGAAGGUGUAUGCUGUAGAGAAGAACCCAAAUGCUGUCAUCACGCUUGAGAACUGGCGCUUCGAGGAGUGGGGCGAUCAGGUUACCGUGGUGUCAUGUGACAUGCGGGACUGGGCCGCCCCUGAGAAGGCCGACAUCAUUGUAAGCGAACUGCUCGGAUCUUUCGGCGACAACGAGCUCUCACCCGAGUGUCUAGAUGGAGCUCAGCACUUCCUCAAAGAUGAUGGUGUGAGCAUCCCCAGUUCCUACACUUCCUUUCUGGCUCCGCUCUCUUCCUCGAAGCUCUAUAAUGAGGUUCGGGGCUGUCGGGAGCGGGACAAAGAUCCAGAGUGCCACUUUGAGACCCCCUAUGUUGUGCGUCUUCACAACUUCCAUGAGUUGGCUGACCCAAAACCUUGCUUCACCUUCAAACACCCAACCACAGAUAUGAACAACAACAGGUACCAGUGCUUAAGGUUCUCAGUGGAUUGCAACUCAGUUCUCCAUGGCUUUGCUGGUUACUUUGAGACGACACUCUACAAAGACGUCAUGCUCAGCAUCAAACCGGACACCCAUUCCCCUGGAAUGUUUUCCUGGUUCCCCAUCUUCUUCCCCCUCAAACAACCCAUCUCCAUAGCACGGGAUGAUGACGUUGCUGUGCGAUUCUGGCGUUGCAACAAUGGCAAGAAAGUUUGGUAUGAGUGGGCCGUGACGGAACCCUCCUGCUCUGCCAUUCACAACCCGGCUGGGCGCUCCUACACCAUCGGCCUGUGAUGAACACGACACUCAUGCCUGAGCAAUUUAUUCAAGAUUGUUGUGGCUGGUGUUUCGGGUUUUGUUUUUUUAAGUCACUUAACCUGAUUUAUGGUGUGGUCCCCUCAAAUUUGUUUGUGAGAACCGCCCGCGUCUGAGGCACUUUGAACUGACGUCACGUGGGUCAGGAUGUGUUGGAACCGUCUGUUGAUACAGACCCUUACGGUUAUCUAUACACAAAGUGUAUUGUUUAUUCAGCAUAGGUCAAGGCCCCCGUCUAUUCUUCCUUGUCAUGUUCUCCAUUGGUCUGGAAGGUUAUUACAGUCUACAGAUUAGUCAGCUCUAUGUCUCUUUUGCCUUAUUAAAACACAUUCCCUGCCAAGGUUCAUCUAACACUUUUCAGCUCCAUCUUGAAGCGUCGCCAUCCUGCAUCGUUUUAGGUUGUCUCUUCAUGUAUUUUUUUGUAUCUGUAUGUUUGAACCGUGUUAAUAAAACACUGAACUGUU